UGAUGACGUCACCGCGUCGGCGGUUGACGCUGACGGCGCCAAAUCAAAAAGUUUUGAGCGGAAACGGUGGUUGGAGCGGAGUAAUUCAUUAAAGAUUAAAACCUGGGGAUUGUGGAUGCCCAAAUGGAGGGGGAGAACAGACUUCCAUAUCCGAUUUGCAAAUUGGAUUAUAUUGUGAGUUAUUGUCGCAAGCACAUUUUAAAUGGAUCAGAAGCCAACAACUUCUCGAAAGCUGACCUAUCGAAACCAGAAACUGUACAGAGACUGUAUAUGAGAUGUCUACAGAUUGUUUUUGAUGCACGUCCAGAUUGCUUUUACAUGAUGCCUGGAGAUGAAAAUAUCCCAUACCCUCAACUUUCUGAAGGUUUUAUCCCACUUCUGAACCUUUAUGUUUGCAUGCAUAAUUUAAAAUCACUAUGUGCAAUUCCAUAUUUUGAGAUGAGUGACCUCUUGAAUCCUAAAUCAAAAUGCACCAUUGUCAUCAUGAGUGGCAUAAUCAACUUUCUUCAGUUCAGAAAAAGAACCCUGGAAACUUACCUGAACCAACAAAAAAGUUUUAAAUUGAAUCUGGAGCUGAUGCAACAGAUGGUUUCAUCGAAUGAAGAAAUGAAAUACAAAAUUGAAAGACUUAAUACCAUACCUCCUGACCAAAAGGCAAAGAUUGAUGUGCUGUCGGUAGAAAUAAAUGAAUUGCAACAAGUCAUAAACCGUGAAUAUCGCCUCAAGCAAAAUUCCAUUCAAGAUGCAACUACGCAACUGAAGACUGAAAUUGCAGAGCAAAAUAAAAUGUUGGGUCAACUAAAAUUGGACAUAGCCAAUGCAAAAGAACUCCAAGCAAAGCUCAGACCUUUGAUUGUCGAAUGCCCAGAACAACUGAACAGUGAAAUACAGUCAAUGAGAGACACAGUGGAAAAGAAAAAGGAAGCCAUGCAAAAGAAAAAUGAUAGAACAAUGGAGCUUCAGGACAAGUUGGCAAGUCUUACCAAUUUCCAAAACAAAGAACUGGAAACUUACUGCAGUUUAUUGCAACAAUGCCAGACUGGCUCUGACCUUAUAAGCAGCACAAAUACUGAGAUUUGGAAUGAAGAAAAUGAACUAGAGAGAAAGCAAAUGGAACUAAAAAACAUACAGACAGAAGAAACUCGAUUGAAAAGGAUUCUGAGCUCAAAGCUUGAAAAACAGGAUAAGCUACAGAUGCAGAGGCAUAAGAAACAAGAAGCUAGGGAGCACGACCUUGAUUCAGUAGCCACGGAGUUUGAUAUGUUUAAGCAGCGUAGCCAGGAGGUGUCUGAGAAGAUUGCACAAAUUACUAGUGAACGUCAACAAUAUCUGACGAAAAGCCAAGCAUUGCAAGACAGCUGUGCUAAAGAUGAAUCAGAAUGUCAGAAUCUGUACUCCAAGCUGCUGGCUGAUCUGGAACAAUAUCAUGAACGGUUGGCUGUCGUGACACAGAAGGCUACGUUUGAAGGACAUAAGCAAAUGGCAGAACUUGAGAAAGCCAUGAGUGAAAGAAUUUGAAACCUAAACUGCAGUUCACUUCAAAUCCUUGUAGAUCUCUGAUCUUGGUAAUCCUUCUCCUGUCAGCUUUUUUUUUCUUAACAAAAGACAAUUAUUCUUAAGCAUUUUACAUUGUUUUUGAGUCUAAGCUAGUAUGUUUGUCACUGUUUGAACUAUUUUAUAUGUAGCUUUAUUAAAAAGUACUGAGGAAAGCAUAAUUUCUUACAAUGCAUUAUGUAUAUUUUUAAAUGAGCUGCACUGAAGUUAAUAACUAUAUCAUUAAGGUGCUAUCAGCAAAUUUAUAUUAAGGAUAACAUUGCUUUGGAACACUUACCCAUGGUGAAAGAAAGGAUGUAUAUUCCAGAAAAUGAUUUGCUAUUUGUGUCCUUUAUUCUGAGAACUGAAUUAAUUCUUAUUCACUUUCAAAUCCCGGCAGGAAAUAUUAAAGAUUGCACUUUUUCUCUGUGCCACCCACCCACGCUAUUUUUUUUCUUUUUUCUUCUAUGCAAUGAGCCACCUUGUAAAUACUAUUAUCAUCCCCAUAAUGUGCUCUUAUCAUUGCUUGUGGCAAGCAAGUUCUCCAUUUACUUUGCUGAAAAAAGUUACAGUACACAAAUUCUUUAUUUGCUAGUUAUUUUUAUGGCCUACUUUUGGAACUGUCCCACAGAUGAAAGUAGUUUUUCACCAUCAGUGCCUCUUGUAAUUUUUAAGGCUUUUUUUGAAGGCUCUCUGUGAAUUUUAUUUGUGAGCAGGGAGCAAAAGCAAUUGCCUUCACAACUUACUCUUAUGGAAUAAUUCUUUCAAUUCUGGUAACAUCCUGAAAGUCUUCACAAUACUUUCUCCUGUCUUUCAUUGUUGUUUUUGCAACAUGGGAACUAGAGCCAUACUUUGCUGCACUGUGGUCCAACGUUCACUCAGAAAUCGUAACUUUUGUUUAUACAGCAUGUUUAAUGUUAUAAAACAUCCCAAGAUGCUCCCUAACAGUGGUGAAACAAAAUUAGUGUACAAUCCCCAUAAGUUUUCCAAACUUGUCUCUGCCAUGAAUGUCUAAUCUUGACUCAUACAUUCUGCUCAGCAUAAUAAACUGUUAGUACAUUUC